AUGAAGCGGCCAUCGCACUACUGGCCGACGGGGAGCGGAAGUAAGUCAGGCGGUUGGGCGGCAGGGCUUGGCCAAAAUUUGCUGAAAGGCCACCGGUGUUGGAGGAGGCAGUUGGGUGGAAAGUGUGAUUUGGAGGAGUGUGAGGGCCUGAAGUCUAAUAAGCUGAAACUCCAUGGGUCUCGAGCUCUGUUUUGGAUAUUUGGUUCAAUUAAAAUGAAAUUCGCUCAUCGCGGACCUGCUGGUCUGGUCGUCGGGAAAUCUGGUGGUUGGCGGUACCCUGUUUCGGUUUGCUCGGCGUUCGCCUGCUCCUGGAAGACGUUCGCUGCUCCUUGCCGGAAAUGGUUGCUCUCUAUCCGUCCGGGAUCACCUGUUCGGCGGCUGCGGCUGCGCGUGGAACUCGCGGCGGCGACGAUGGAUGGUGAACGGACACCGGCAAGACUUCUCGUGGACAGAGGUUCAACGACUGCUUCUCUCGACGGUGCUGGCUUCAAUGCGACCGGACGAUGGUCGGAGGAGACGACGGCGGGGGAUAGGUUGCCAAUGGUCGGUCGGUCGGGGAAGAGGAAAAUGGCGACAUGGCGUUAA